CAUGUCUUCACAAUUGCCUAAUCUUUUCUCAUUUCAAACACUGAAACAUCGUCGCAUCGCCACUCUCAAAACCCCGAGCCCCCAUAUCAACUGCCUGGCCAUCCACGCUAACCUCCUCUACGCCUCCUCUGCCAACGAAAUCAGCGUCUAUAGUUUAUCCCAUCACUCCUUUGUCGAUUCUUUUAACCACGAUCCCACCACCGGGUUCGUCAAGUCCAUUGCAUUCAACCAAACCAAAAUCUUCACCGCUCAUCAAGACGGCAAGAUCAGGAUCUGGAAAAUCGAUACCCUUUACAAAAACCACCAGCUUAUCUCUACUCUCCCCACCGUUAAAGACAAGUUCCUCAAUUUCAUGUUGCCGAAGAACUACGUUAACGUACGGCGUCAUAAGAAGAAGCUUUGGAUCCAACACUGGGAUACAGUUUCGGGGUUGAUGGUAAAUGACGCCAAGGGGUUAAUGUACUCGGUUUCGUGGGACAAAAGCUUCAAGAUAUGGAACGUAAAGAACCAACGUUGUUUAGAGUCUGUUAAAGCUCAUGAAGACGCCGUUAACACAUUGGCUGUUUCCGGUAAUGGAACUGUUUACACCGGCUCCGCCGAUGGGUUGAUUAGAAUCUGGGAAAUGACGGAGAGACGGCAUAGUUUAGUGGGAACCUUGGACAAGCAUAAAUCGACGGUGAAUGCGCUUGCUUUAAACGACGAGGGAUCGGUGUUGUUUUCAGGAGGGAGUGAUGGUAGAAUCCUGGUGUGGGAGAAAAGAGAUGAUGAGAAUGAGGUGGGAUAUGUGGAAUCGUUGUGGGAUCAUAAAGGGGCGAUAUUAUGCUUGAUCAACGUAGGGGAAUGGUUUGUGAGUGGAUCAUCAGAUGGGACGGUGAGGGUUUGGCAACGUGGUGGGAAAGAAGGUGGUGGGUUCCAUUGUAGCAUAGUUCUGGAGGGACAUGAAAAACCUGUGAAGUCGUUGGUAGCAGUUGAAACAAGUGUGUUGGAGGGUGUGUUUUCCUUAUGCAGUGGAAGUUUAGAUGGAGAAAUUAGGGUUUGGGAGAUCUCAAUAUGUUCUAACUUUAAAAUUCCCAUGAAUUCAAUAAAGCUUGCUUGA